AUGACGAUCGCCGCCGCCGCGUUUGGGCUCAUCUCAGACGGAUACCAAAACAAUCUCCUGACAAUGGGCAACGUGGUGUUCAAGAAACUGUAUCCCACCUACUACACGUCCGACGUCUCCACCCGUGUGUCCAACGCACUGCUCGUCGGCGCGGUCCUCGGCCAGAUCUCGGUCGGCCUACUCUGCGACAGAAUCGGCCGCAAGGCCGCUCUAGUCGCGACCACGCUCCUCAUUGUCGUCGGCGCGACGAUAGCCACCGCCUCGGGUGGUGCGCAUGGCAGCGUGAGCGGCAUGUUCUGGUGCAUGACCAUCGCCAGAGGCAUUACGGGAGUGGGCGUCGGCGGAGAGUACCCGGCUUCUUCGACGAGCGCGAGCGAGGCCGCGAACGAGAAGAUGCUCAAACAACGUGGACCGGUGUUCAUCAUGGUCACGAACUUCGUUCUCAGCUUCGGCGGCCCCUUGGCAGUCUCUGUGUUCUUGAUCGUGCUCUCGGCUGCGGGAGAAAACCAUCUGAACACAGUCUGGCGUGUCUGCUUCGGAAUCGGCAUCCUCUUGCCGCUCACCGUGUUCUAUUUCCGGAUGCGCAUGCUCACGACGAAGCUGUUCCGGAAGGGUGCGAUCAAACGACGUGUGCCCUACUUGCUCGUGGCCAAGAGAUACUGGCGGACGCUCAUCGGCACCUGUGGCGCAUGGUUCCUCUACGACUUCGUCACGUUCCCCAACGGAGUGUUUUCGGGGACCAUUAUAUCGAGCGUGAUCAAGAACGGCGAUAUCAAGCAGACCGCCGAGUGGCAGCUGCUCCUCGGUGCCAUCGCCCUGCCAGGCGUGUUCGUUGGGGCAUUGUUGUGCAACAGGCUCGGUCGGCGGAACACGAUGAUUCUGGGGUUCAGUGGCUACCUCGUUUUCGGGCUGACGAUCGGGCUCGCUUAUGAGAAGAUCACGCACAUCAUCCCCCUCUUCAUCAUAUUUUAUGGGUUGAUGCAAUCCUUCGGCAACUUGGGUCCUGGCGAUAUGCUCGGUCUCGUCAGCGCAGAAUCGUUCGCGACUCCUGUUCGCGGGACGUGCUACGGGCUGUCUGCUGCGAUCGGCAAGACGGGUGCGGCCAUCGGCACCCAGGCUUUCACGCCGAUUCAGAACAACCUCGGCAAGAAGUGGACGUUCAUCAUCGCAGCCAUCUGCGGGGUGACCGGCAUUUUGGUUACGUACUUUUUCGUGCCGGACAUGACUGGGAUCGACCUCGCGGACGAGGACGAGAACUUCCUCAAAUACCUCGCCGAAAAUGGCUGGGAGGGUGACGUCGGUGACGACGACGAUUUGGUGGAGGAAGAUUCGUCGAGCGAGAUUGUUGAGAAGAAGGUUGAGGUCUAG